GUUUUUAGAGAAAGGUUUAGUAAGAGAGGUGAAGCAGCGCGGUGGGUACGAAGUGAGCAGUGCGGCGGGCGCGCCUCAGCUGCGUGUUUACAAACUGAGGGCCGCCGCUCACCUCCCCCUCGACGCCUCCGUCGGCUCCCGGGCCUCCCACACCUCACCAUGGCCUCCACCAAUAAAGGAAUGUGGGCAUCAAUGGUGUCCCUGGCACAAGCAGUGCAGCGGGCAGUAGAAACUAGUGCCAACAGUGGAGGCACUCCAGAAGCCCUGGAAGCAGGGCAUGACCUAGAACUGGCUCUGCAGCGGCACCGCACUUCAUUCAUUUCCCUCUUACGUAACCCACCAAAGAAUGCUAAUGAAAGGUCUACUCUACAACGUUCCAUCACUGAACCAAUGACCUUACAAGGUCAUACUGGCCCAACUAAGUUGUCGGAGUCCUUUGUAAAGGAGGCCAUCAUUAUAUCUGACAUGUUCAACAUGAGUGAGAUGUCUGCAAUGUCAUUAUUGCGAUCAGCUGAAGAGGAGUCUACACUAUACCCUGGUGUUCCGAGGGGAUUGAUUGCAAUAUUAUUUUAUUAUGAUAGUAGAGUUAAUCUUGCUCAUGCCCUCAAAACGUUGGUUCAGGCUCGGCAAGGAAUUUCAUGGGUACUUCUUCCUGAUAAUGAAGAAUUGUCUCAGAGUAUUACUAGAUAUCUGCAACCAAUUCUUAACAUUAGUUUAGUGGAUAGGAUUUUGGAACUUGUCACAUCAAUGGACAUCACAAAGGAAAUAGAGCUGUUGCAGCAGAACCGUGCUUUGGGAGAUGCAAAGCACAGAAAAAUGGUAUUAGACAAGUUUCUGGCAGUGCGCAGUUUACUGGCCGAGACACUUUUUUGUUGGGCUGCACAAACACCUUUCAAGAAAGACGAAUGUCGCCGUCUUCUAGCAUAUAUGUCUAAAGUAAAGUUGACAGAAACUAGUGAUGGUUCUCUGGAUCCUAUUAAUUUAAGUCUAUUGAUGGCUCUUCUUUAUAGUUUAGAAGCGGGACAUUUGCUUAACCAAGAAGACAUGACAGAAGCUCUUACUCAGUUUCCUAUAUCAAGUGACCGAACAUUUGUACAAGAAAUUCAUCAUGAGGUAAGGUCAGAUCAAGCUUGGGAAACCCCGGGACUGAAAGCCAUAGUGCAGCUAGCUUGGGCUGUCAGCCUUGCUAACUUAAGGCAGGUUGCUGUUGCCACUCAGUUAGCAGACAUUGAUAAUAUUCUAGAGGACGAUGAUGCUGUUCUUGAUGAUUCACUAAAGGGAAAAGUUUUUUCAUUUAUUCAGAAUUCUAUACUCUCCAAGAAGAACACUCCUCUCGACACCUUUUACUGCCAGCGUCUUCAUUCAAUCCUCUCUGAUUUUAUAAUUCACGUUCCUGAAAGAGUUAAAGCUAUGAAAAACAGAGCUGAUGAAAAUUCCAGACUUAUUACUGCAAACUUAAGAGAGUCUCUUCAACCUCCGACAAACUUGGAUCAACCUUUCGAGGAACUUUUAAUUUGUUUGGCUGCUUUAUACCAAGAUGGACAAUGUGGUGAGCUGGUUGAAGAUUAUUGGUGUCCUAGCGAGAUUCUUCCCACAGCAUCUCUGCAGUAUCGUGGCCAAGGAACUCGACAGAUGGCUCUCUUCAAGUUUGUCAGACUUCCUGGAGAUUAUCUGCCUCCUUCUCUGUUUGUACCAUAUGUUAACCUUCUAACCAGUUUAGCCACAACUCCACGGUCUGCACAGUAUGUUUACAACUUUUUGCGAAUGAACAGUCAACCACUCUCACAUGGUAGUAACUUGGCUUGGGAACAUUUUAUGACUGCUCUAACUCAAUACUAUAACAACUUGAGAAUUGAAGAACCUGGUGCAAUGGAUACCAUGUACCGUGCACGUGGUACCCCACGAGGCAUAACUCCCCAAGAGGUACAGGGGAUCCAAGCAGUGCUGCAGUUAGUUACAAUGGUAGCUGAAAAGGAUGAGCUGUCACGUGUGGCACUGUGUGAUAAUGCUGCAUGGGCUCCACUAUAUGUGUGCACAGGCUUGCUAACAUGUGCUGUACCUCUUGCACUCAAAGUAGAACUUGUAAAUACUCUUGCUGCAUUUAGUGGUACCCCAGCAUUGGCUCAGAGAGUUUGGGAAUUGAUAGAAGGAGGGGGGCUGAUUCCUGUUCAGGAGGGUGUUGCAGGAUAUCAGCCACGUGGCCUACUUGUUGACAUUGAAGAAGUAGAGAGUAGCAGGGAGGAAUUUACCUUGACUCGGGCAAUUCUCAAAUUGUUGGGGACUUUAGUUCGUGCAGGCAUACCUCCAAUGCUUGGUGCUGCCACUCGACAGCCAGGAUUUCGCCCAUAUCUUGACUUGAUAAGAGACAGAAUAUUUUUACGGCAUGAUUCGCGUGCCUAUAGAGAUUCCGGUGAACGUUGGGCUGUAGCUUGUGGCUGCUUGGAACUUCUAUACCAGUUGCUUACUGAACAACUUCACACAGUAACAUCAACUAUGGAGCAGAGAUCUGGGCAAGCACCAGGUUGUUCAGUUCUCUUAGAUUUAGUUCAAGAGUCUCAACUUGUGAAGCAAGUGCUUUCAGUACUGCAUGAUGGAGUUCAAAUUUUAGAACAGUACAAGGAAGUACCUGGUCAAAAAGAUCUUAAUGCAAGUCUGCUAUUGGUAUUGCAGCUCUUGCUUGAAGCACAAGAACAGCAACACUUGGUACUAGGCACAUCAAAUAACCCAGAUAUUGUGCUAGGUGUGGAGCGCUUACUCAUGGGAGUUAAUGUUCAUACAGGGGUCAGUGACCAUUUUUUGAAUGUAGUAAGGUUGGUUGGCCAUCACCAAGAUCUGCCCAGUCAUGCUGCUUUAGCAUGCCGUCUUCUGACAACCUCGGCUGCAAGACCCAGUUCUCAGACCCAUCUGUUUUCUUUAAUCACAUCAUCUGCAACUACUGCCACUUCAGUCAGACACAGUUUUGUUGAAGUAAUAGAUCAUGCUGCAUUGGAUAUCCCAGAACACUUAGAUGCUGCAGAUGCUGCUUUAAAUUUGCUUCUAAAAUAUCUGCCACUUCCAACUCCAAAUGUGGCUCACUUCUUGCUUGGCUAUACAGCAGAUGGUAUGACCACCUUACGUUCUGAUUUAUUAGGUGCUGGAGCCCGUGGGUAUCCCCGAACAGCAAUACAUGCUGUACUUGCUUCUCUACCCUCGUGCCCACCAAGCCUGUCUGAAGUGGCUUACAGACUUGUUUACGAACUCUGCAGUGAUAUCAACACUUCGGCACCCACCUUACGUUUUCUUCGAUCCUCUGAGGAUCUUUUGUACCGCACAGUUGCUACUAUGGGAUUACCGCACACCGAUUCUAGGCUUCGUCUCUUGUCUCAAGGAUGGCUAUUACGAUGUGUAGCCUUGGAACUACGUUAUCAUGCAACACAUCAACAACGAUCACAAUUAGCCCGACUGAUUCAUUUACUCGUAGCAGGAGCAGAAUUACCUCAGCAAGAACCCUUGGAUGCUUCUCAGGGUUGGACUGGUGGAUCCAGUGGUGGACGUGGGCCACUUCUCACUUUAUUAGAUGCUAUUGAUCUCAGUAUAGAUUUUCCAGCACCACUGCAAUGCGAGUACUUCACUAGGGCAUCAGAGCUCAUUGGUAACUGCGAGAGCCCCUCACCCGAGGGUCCUGUAGUUAAUUUAAAAAUGUUGCAUCAGCAGCUGACAGCUUUGCUACAAGAAGGAGGCUCUGGAACCUCUUUAACUCAACGUGAUCCAUUGCAAGAGGAGUUGGAAUUGGUAAUGGGGCAUGCUCUAAUGCUGAACCAAACAAGAGCACUGUUAUUUGCACACAGGCACUUCUUGGAAGGUUGGAGGCAAGUUGUGGAAGUUGUUGUAGCUGUGACUCCUCCAGACUUGAUAGAAACUGCAACCCACCACACUUUUCUCCAUACACUUACUCAUGAUUUAACUCGUCGACUUUUGGAUGACACUGCCCUUCAAUCACUAACCACACAGUUGGUAUCAACAUUACUGAUGUUAGUAACCACUUUGCGAACUCUCCAUGCCAGGCCAGCACACCAUCAUCCACAGUAUGUGUCCAUGCUGGACAGUGGGAAUUGUGCAGUUCAGGCUGAAUUUCCUUCAUCGCUACAACUUGUUUUGCGUGGACUGGUUGAAUGUGUGGCACGAUUCAAACAAUGUAGCCAAGGAGUUCGUGCUUCCAUAUACGCUGCUCUUCUCAACUACUUGCAGAUAUGUGCUGAUCCUGUUGACAAGACUGGGGAGGAUGCAGAUAGUCUCCAGUCCCUUCUCUUGGCUCCACGUGAAACUCAAGAGGAGCAAUUUCACCGUGAGAAUUACGAUGUUGUACGUGACGAAUUACCCCAGUUGGUAGAUGUUUUGGCAGUGGAAGCAGGCGGUGGCCAUCACGUUUGUCAGGUGCUAGCUUUGACAUGCCUUAGUGCUCUUGCUGCACUGGAACAGCGUGCUGCCCCACUUACCAAUGAGUCACUGCUGCUGUCACAUCUUGCUGACCAUGGACACCUACGUCGUCUUUUGGAUGCAUUGAGAACUGAUGAUCGGCAGCUUCUCUCACUGUUAACAGCUGAUGAUGAUGAUUUGCGACCUUUAUAUGUGUAUGAAGCCCGUAUGUCUCUGUUGGCUCGUUUAGCACUGUCCCCAACUGGAGCACAGCAAUUAUUACAAUCUGGUCUUACCACACGUCUAUCAGAGUUGACUGCCUUAGACUAUCGUCCUGCUCAACCUAUUCAGUCUGCAAGUAGUGAAGAAUUUCUUCCAAGUGUUGUGCAGCGGUAUCGCUCUGUUUUAAUGGCAGCAAUAAGAGUUUAUUUGGCCAUUUUGACAUCUUUGGGAAGUGACAAUUAUUCUGCAACUGCCCAUUUAUUAAGAUUUUUGGCUGCUCAUGGCGAGGCUUUUGCUUCUGGUCUGUGUGUUCCAAGUUUACCAUCUUUACAAGCUCUUGAGGAAGUAGCCCUUUUGUCAGCAGCAGUUGCAGGUGCUGCUCCUCCUGGUCCCAUAACUGCCAUAGAUCCAUCAGAUUUAGAGUCUGGAGCACAAGCAACUAGGCUCCAGCAACUGCUUAUAGCCUUGCUACCACACGUACUACCUCAGAGUCGUUUGUCUGCUGCCCUGGACAUGUUGCCAGAGAAUGAGGAAGGUGUAAAUGUAAAGGAAAUGGCUCGUACAGCUACUCUAACUACUCUAGCUGCAGUGCUAAAUUAUGCCACAGCUCGUCUUAUUCAUGGUGGAACUGAUACUCGUGAUAUCACUCUUGUUUUCCGAGCAUCCAUGGAUAAUGGAAUACCCACAGGAGCUGUCGGACGGCCUCUGUCCCUAGCAACUUUGGUAGAAUGUGCAAGUCAGGUCAGUCACCACUUUACUGUUGCCAGAAGUGCUUGUGAAACUGCAACUGCUUGUCUUCAAGCCUUGGAAAGUAAUCAGCCAGUUGAACACUUACGUCAGUAUGUGAGUAGUGCUUUGGCUGAUGCCGCCUCACCUGCUGCUGUGCGUAGACUAGCCGAGGAGCACUUGAGUCAAGUUGUGGCUUUGCACCGGCGUCAAGAGCAACUUGCUGUUCAUGCUGCUGAAUCUGCAGCAUUUCUUCUUUGGAGGCAUCUUGAGUACUUCAUUUGCCAUGCACCAUCAGCCCCUGGCCCUGCACAAGAUGAUUUCACGAGACGGGAAGUUGGGGUUCCUCGUACUCUAACUCCCACAGAGAUUGACAGUCUGCGUAAACAGGCAUCGACAGCAUUGCAGGAAGUGCUACCACGUCUGCAAAAAGUUCAUGAAGAGUAUUCUGCUGCCACUGGGCAUGUUGCUUUUUUGGCAGCUGCCAUAACCAGAAUUAGAAGGCUUUUGGUACCUUAAAACUUAUGAUCAUGUGUGUCUGUGUCCAGUAGUAACAUGCUGUAAUUUCACUUAAAUCUCGAUUUGACUCCUGUUGUAUCUUUUUAAGUAAUUUGUUUAGUUAUGUGGAUGGAAAUGGUAUAAUGGGCUGUCAGCUUUAGUAUGUUUACUUUUCUGUUACUGUCCUGUGCUUGUUUUUUGACCAUGGAUUUACUUCACUAUUACUGUAAUUUACAAUUUUUUUUUUUUAAUAAAUUUAGCUCUUAAGUAAGAAUUUAAAGUAGAAAAUAUAACAAUUCAUAAAUGGCUAGGUUUAUAUAAGAUUUGGGGAAUACACUGAAAUGUUGAAGCUCUUGUCACUGCCGUAUAUAUAUGUAAAUCAACAUUGUUGUUUUUUAAUAGUGGUAUAUUUUUAUUAGCAAAUUUAUUUUAAAACAAAUUUCAUUCGUAUGAAUGGAAUUUGUUUAACUGCAUUUGAAUUUUUAAAUCAUUGUUGCAGUUAUGAUUAAAGUGUAUGGAAUACACCACUUUUUUCAUCUAAUUAAACUGAGAGGAAGGAAACGUGUUCUAGCAUAUAAUUUUUUUUAACUACUCAGAGAUUGUAUUCCAGCAAGAUAAUGUUUUCACUUGUAACUGCAGAGUGUAUCUUCAUUUAAAAUUGCUACUGUAUAUAUAUAUAUAUAUAUUGUCAUUAUCAUUUUUUGGUGACUUUCUAGGGGUAAUGAUGUUUUCAUGUUAAUACAAGUUUUAUAUUGAUA